AAACUGCGCCGAGAGAUGUGUCCAAGGAUGAUGACCUUUAUAGCCCAUCGAUGUUCCUCAUCCUGCUCGCCUCGGUGCAUAACUGUUCUUGAUCAUGACGAACUCACAGCAGUCCGCUACCAAUGGCUACACGCAUAUGGCCAAUGGCGCAAAGCUCAAGCCGACCCCAGCCGAGAGGGAGGUGAUGGAGGCCCAGGCCCUGUCGGAGAAGGCGACGAGCAUGGUCGAAGCGCCUGAUAGAGAUUGGAUCAAGUCUCUGGCUGCUCUCAACAUUGAUUUCAAAGCCAUACCGUCCGGCUUGGACUACGUUGGUAUGCGUCGUUGGCUCAAAGACUCGUAUGAAAAGGUGGACAGAAAGUUCAAUCACCAUUCCUGGCGAACACCGACUCGGGUCUCGAAGAGCGAGGUCAUGCUGGAGAACGGAGACGAUGAAGGAUCAUUCCGGUGUGUCAUAUGGGAGCCGGAAGAGGUCGCCACCGACGAAACUUCUCGGCCUGUCAUCCUUAUGUACCAUGGAGGGGGCUUCAUUCACGGCUUUCCCGAGUUGGACGAGGACCUCGCUGUAGUAUUGGCAUCGGAUCUGCGAGCCGUAGUGGUCGGCGUGGAUUACCGUCUGGCUCCUGAGCACAAAUUCUCCACCAUUUUGAACGACUGUCGUUCUGCCGUCGAAUGGAUCAUCGAACAUGCUGAUCGGUACAAUGUGGACGCCAAACGCAUCGGGUUGUGGGGAGCAUCUGCUGGGGCACAUCUCGCCGCCAAUGUUGCCAUGCUCGAAGCUCUCGCCCAUGAGCCCAGUCGGAUCUGUCAAGCAUCCUUGGUCGUUCCUCUGCUCUGUCACGUCGACGAGUGCCCUAAUCCGUUGAGUGAUGUACAGGCCGAAGCCCGGCAAAGAAUGGACGACGGACCGAAACAGGCUCUGGACAUGGCGAUGAUCGGGGCCAGAGAGCUAUUUAACUUUAUGCGCCCAGACGGAGUCCGAGAUGAUGACCCCGAAAUAUCCCCUUUGAGACGCCCAGGUCCCUGGCCAAGUCAUCAUGCUGCCGUGCAUGUGACUGUUGGCGGCUGUGAUCUGCUCCGAGAUCAGGGCAUUGCAUAUUACAUGGCACUACAAGAUAAUGGGAUCGAAGCCGAGCUUCAGCUCAUCCCUGGCGUUCCACACGGAUUCACAUGGGCAAGUCGAUCACGAGCAGUUUCUCAAUGGUUGGAUGGGCAGAUCAAGGUGUUCGAGUUGGCUUUCCGAGGUAGUCGAUCAUGACGCGUAUGCAUGAGGGUCCAAGAUG